AUUAUACAGAGUCUGAAUGGUUAAGACCUCUUAUCUGAAUUGAUCAGACAUUUGCCUCUGAAUAGUUAAGCAAUAUACUAGCUCUUAAUGGUUCAGACCUCUUACUGGUUCAGCACUUAAUGGUUCAGACCUCUUACUGGUUCAACACUUACCCAUUCAGAAGUUGCCAAACAGCCCCUAAGUAAAAUAGUUAAAAAUGUAUCGGGAGAGUAUUAAAUAUUACCCGGAGUAAUUCUGAAGUUACGGCGGCAACCGAAGCAGUUUCUGGAAGAAGAAGAAGAAGCUCAAUGGAAAACCCUAGCAACUCCGAGGCCGAACACCGACGGCCUUCUCCUCUUCCCGACAAAAAGAUCUCUUCGAGUAGCAGAGAGGAAGGAGAGCUAUCCGAUGACGACGAAAAUCAACCUCACUGCUCAACUUCACAAUUCCCCGGCGUGAAUGCAGCUAAACAGAAGGCCAUGGAAACUGAGUUGGUUAAAGAGACUCAUGGUAAUGAGGCUGGAAGGUGUGUGUCUUCUAACACAUUAGACAGAUUAAGUUCACAACCUUCUCAAGAGUCAAAUGCCCAUAAGAAUUCUGAUAAGAACCGAGGCUCAUUCGUGCCAUUCCUGAUAAGUUUUUCAGAUGAUGAAAGUGGCAGUGACCCAGAAGGUACUCCACAGAAAAAUGUUAUGACAAAUGAAAGCAGGAGCCUAUCUGUUAAUACAAGCAAGAAACCACCACAAGCAUCUGUGCGAAAACCACAAAAAACAGGAAAACCAAUGAGAAAUGAGUCUAAAGUGGCGAGAACAAUGCCCCUUACUCACAAAAUUCUUUCUUCAUCUCACAAAAUCAAUGCAACAACUCAUAGAAGGGGUGGAUCUUCACUAAAUGCUCGAAGUUAUAAUAACUUCAAGAAGACAGCUGGUCCAUCUUUUGUGCACAAAACAAAUACGACACUGGAUAAUAGUAAACUACAAGAUCUACGGCAACUGAUUGCUAUUCGGGAGAAUGAAUUGAAGCUUAAGAGCACUCAGCAACCAAAGAAUUUCAGUUCAACUAAAUGUAACGCACUCAGUACUACGGGUACAUGCAUUAGCAUGACCGGUGUGUCCGGAGCCACGGGUGCAGAAAAUAUGCCACAGGAGGUAAAAGAACCUAGCAAAAAAAUCCGAAGGAUUGGUGAAAAGCAUUCAAGCCAGAUGGUUCAGAAUGUUCAUACCACAGAUACAGUAUUUGCACCAGAAAAGCAUGUGCUAGCAAGUUGUGGUCAACCUGGUGUAGGUGGUCAAAACAGUCUUAACAAAGUGUUUCGUGCUGGCACAUCUGACGGAAGCCUUACGUUAUGCCACAAUGAGAAUGAGAAUCAGGGCUCUACAUUUUUGACAAAUUUUGCUGCUGGUACAGAUUUAAUCACAGGCCAAAGUCGCUGGAAAACAAACACGAGAGACCAUGUGGCUACAUUGGAACAAGCUGCAGUUAAUGAAUCAAUUGAAGUGGAGAUGAACGAUCCAACUAAGCAUAGUGACCAAAGCAUCUAUCGCCCUGGGUACGUUGGAAAGAAUUUUACAGGAAGAGGCUGUAGUUUUCAAGUCGGAUCAGAUCAACCUACUGCACAGAAUGUAAAUCAGGAAUCUCUGAAUAUUCAACAAGUACCACACAACUUCAGAGAAGCAAACAUAUCUAGAAAUAGUAGCAUGAACAUGCAAUCACUGUUGGACAUUGAGGAAUUACAUGAUAAGCAACUCGACGAGGCUCAGGAAUAUCGGCACAAGUGUGAAAUUGAAGAAAGAAUUGCUCUCAAAGCUUACCGAAAGGCUCAGAAAGCCUUGAUUGAGGCAAAUUAUAGAUGUUCUGCUCUAUUCCGUAAAAGAGAGAAAUACUCAGCACAACUUCAACACUUUAUGAUAGAGAAUCCAGUCUAUCCAGAUAUGUUCUUUCCCCCUGGAUCUCAGCUGGAAAGUGGAGCUGGGCUUAACCCCUCGACCAAUAAUGGUGCUAAUGCUCAUUUGAUGCUCUCUUCUUGCUAUCCUGCACAACAUGAAGAUCGUCAUGAUCAUCAAAUGCGUGAUGUGGAGUUCCAUUCUACUUUUGAUGCAGUGCAAAAUGCAUCAGACAUGCCUGUUGAUAGGGAAAAUUUAGCUUUUGAUCAUUUUAGUGAGCCUGAUGUUAGUAUGGCUGAGAUUACUAAGGCCAAUCAAAAAGCAAAUGGUGUGUGUUUGCAACCUGAUUAUGUCAGUAUGUCUGCAGAGGAAGAAAAUGGGCUGUUUCAAAAGUCUCCUCUGAACAGUUCAGAAUAUCUUGGGGAGGAGGCAUUUAGGGUGACCCAAGAAAAGGAGGCAAAUAAUAGUCCAGGAAGGCAUACAUUGAUCAAUACUUCUCAGGAUUCUAUGUUACUUGAAGCAUCUUUGAGAUCUCAGCUUUUCGAAAGAUUAAAGAUGAAAUCUUUGUCUAAGGAAAUAGACAAAAAUCAGAAUGUGGAGCAGACCACUGAGAGUAUGUUAAAUGUGGAUGAUGUUGAGCGAAGGAUGGGAAUGAGUUCUGGCAACAUGUUAUCAUCUGAUGUUGAGAAAGCAAACGAAAAGGAUUCUGAUUUCCAAGUAUCUUCUGAUAAAGCUGAGUUAGAGUAUGAGGCCCAUGUUGAGAUAAAUGACCAUUGCAAUAGUGAAAAGUUUGGAUCCAAUUUCCACCCUAUUUUGUCCAAUAAUCAUUUGAGCAGUUGCAUGUCCAUAGAUGAUCAGCAAUCACAGUCGCCAAGUUUUGCAACCUUUUCACUUCCUGCUUUCAGGAGUGCAUUUUCUCACUUUAAGGGUUCUGAUGCCAACAACUUUGGCAAACUACAGACUAAAAGUGUAAAUAUGCAAGCUUCUCAUCUUAAUGAAGCAAAGGAUGAGGAGACUAUGGAAACCAUUUUGGGAGUAGAAGAAUAUGCUUCAUUGGAUCUACAUUAUAACAAAAAUGGUUCUUAUUCCUGCAAGUUUUCUAUCGAUCCAAUUUGGCCGCUUUGCAUGUAUGAACUCCGAGGGAAAUGCAAUGACAAAGAAUGUACUUGGCAGCAUUUUAGGGACUACUCUUCUGAAAAUAAGUUGAACCCUACUUGCAAUAGCAGGGAUGUGAAGGAUGGAUCAGCAAUUGAAAGAGGAAAAUUUCUUUCCAACAAUGCUCUCACCGUGUCACAUGAUUCACAACUUUUGGCUCCCCCAAUAGCUGGCUUUGAUGUUAUUAAAUCUAAUUCACAGACAUGUAAAUCUGUUGUACCUCAAAGGAAGUGUUUCAGUGGUUUCCUUGUCCUUUCAAGUCUGCUUCUUACUGACCUUGUUUGUAAAGAGCCGUUUUUGUAUGGCUCUGAAGUUUGUGUUGAGGUCCAUGGGGGUUGGAGUAGGCAGCUACUCUAUUUCCAAAACAGAAACGGAACCUCGAUUGAAGGUGGCCACCAAGUUUCAGAUAAUGAUCAGUCCAUGGAGUUUGCUCUUCUUAGUCUCUGUCAGGAGGUUAAUAAAAGCAAAGGCCGAAUGGAGGCUCUUAAAGUGCUUGCUCAUGCUCUUGAAGCUGAUCCUACCUCAGCACUUCUAUGGAUUGUUUACUUGUUGGUUUACUACAGCAAUCAAAAGUACAUUGGGAAGGAUGAUAUGUUCAAACACGCGGUACAACUAUCCAAUUGUUUUAAUGCAAAAGAUUUCCAUUAUACAAUAUACCUUUGUGUAUUUUAUCUAUGUGAGAAAAUUAUAUACUCUCUGUCCCUUAAUAACUUUCGUACUAUGUGGUUUCCUUUUUAGGUCUGUCCCUAAACUAUUGCUAUUUGGUAGACUGUAAGAGUAAAAUUGUUAUUUAAACUAUCCACCUUAGUUAAAUAUCCCCACAUUACCACAUACCACCUUUAAUUACUAAUUAGUCCCUACCAGUCAUACCACAAAAUUGGAAGUGAAAAAGUAAAAAUAAUGAUUCACCAAUAAU